AUGACCUCCAGGUACAAUUCUACCAAGAACCCUGCCAAGCUCGGCAGAGAUCCCGACCGGGAUUCUUCCUUUUUCGAAGCUCUGGAUCGCAUUUCCAAGAUUGCCAUUAAAUUGGGCGAAUUCAAUCUCUGCACUGCCACCAUUCCUUCGCUCAAUCGGACCACCGCUGCUCUACAGCGAGCCAUGACGUUGUUGGAUGAAGAAUUCAACAACCUUCUGAAAGAAUGCAAGCAUCUCGAGCUCGAAUCGAAACCUGAAUCGAAAUCUGACACCAAAUCGUCAAAGCAAUCGUCCUUCAAAACAAACCACGAAUUACCAGAUCAACAUCACAGAACCGUUCCUGAGUGUUCCGAGUCCGAUAAGGAAGACGUAUACCCUUCUUUCUCGCAGGAAACUGUGUCAAACAUGAAGAGAAUUGCCGGAACAAUGAUCUACGCCGGCUACGAGAAGGAAUGUUGUAUGAGUUACAGCUUCCUCCGGCAGAGCUCGUUCAGAGGAAUCUUGAACAAGCUCGGGUAUGAAAGUAUUAGCAAUGAUGAGGUUCAGAAAAUGCACUGGGAUACUCUUCAAUCGGAAAUCGACAAAUGGAUUGCCGUCAUCAAGAAAUGCUCAAAAUCUCUGUUCCCAGGCGAGUUGAAGCUCUGUGACUCCGUUUUCACCGAUCAUCCCUUCAUAUCUCAUACAAUCUUCAGCAAUUUAACAAGAGCAGUCAUCAUCAAGCUUCUCAACUUCGCAAACGCCGUCGUCUUAACAAAGCGGUCCGCGGAGAAGAUGUUCAAAUUACUGGACAUGUACGAAAGGAUCUGCGAAUUAAUUCCAGUAAUCAAUGACUUCCCUGAAAAUUGCAGAACGGAGCUAAUUUCAGAAGCGGAAGGGGCAAAAAGUGGUAUGGGAGAAGCAAUAGUCGGAAGUUUCUACGACCUAGAAAGCUCAAUCAGAAGCGACAACGCUAAAAUUCCAGUUCCAGGAGGAGCAGUUCAUCCAUUAACGCGCUACAUAAUGAAUUACCUAAAAUACGCUUGCGAGUACAGAGAAACCCUAGAACAAGUCUUCCAAUAUAUUGACCCUAAAACCGAAGAAGAUCAAUCAGCAAGAGUGGACGAGAACGACGACGCGUCGCUGAGAAAUUCUCACCUCGCAAGUCAGAUCGCUAUGGUGAUGGAUCUGCUAGAUACGAAUCUGGUGAUGAGAUCAAAAUUGUAUCGCGACGCAUCUCUUCGGUACAUCUUCCUGAUGAACAACGGAAGGUACGUAGUACAGAAAAUCAAAGGCUCAACCGGAAUCAAGGAGUUAAUGGGCGACCGUUGGUGCCGCAAGCGAUCAACGAAUCUGCGACAGUACCACAAAAACUACCAGAGAGAAACAUGGAGUAAGGUGCUGCAAUGCCUGAACCACGAAGGAUUGAUGGUGAACGGGAAGGUAUCAAAGCCGAUUUUAAAGGAGAGAUUCAAAAGCUUCAACUCCAUGUUCGACGAAAUACACAAAGUGCAGAGUAGUUGGGUGGUGAGCGACGAGCAGCUUCAAUCGGAGCUUCGGGUUUCGGUGUCGGCGGUGAUGAUUCCGGCGUACCGUUCGUUCGUGGGGAGAUUCAAGCAGCAUUUCGAUCAGGGAAGACAAUCGGAGAAGUACAUAAAGUAUCAGCCUGAAGACAUUGAAGUAUUGAUCGAAGACCUGUUCGACGGAAAUACCGCUUCCAUGAAAAAGAAAUCGUAG